AUGAAGCAAGGAGGGCCAUGUUUGGGGAUUCGGCAAGCUCGCUCAGGCCCUUUGGAAGGGAACCACUGUGACUGGCCCGGCAUCACUUGUUGGCAAAACUGCCGAGUCGAGAAGAUCGAAUGUGAGAACUGCAGCGGCCAUCUGCCGGAGAAAAUUGAGCUCCGGCAUCUCUGGGAAGUAAGUCUCACAUCGCCCACGCUCACUGGCAAUAUCAAAGCCUUCAGCGGGAUUCAACUACUCAAUUCUUUGGAGCUCAAGGGGACAGAGAUCACAGGUGAACUUGAAGUCUUCCGGGAGGACAAUUUCGUCAGGUUGCUGUUGGCGGAUACCAAGAUUUCGGGAAAUCUGCAGAGUUUAGCUCGCAUGGAGCUAAGAGAGCUGGAUUUGAGCGGCACAGCAAUCUCGGGAGACUUGCAGAGCUUAGUUGGAGAUGUCGAUUGGUAUAGUAGUGAGUCCAUCAGCAAGCGCCGAUUGCGACAUCUGAAGCUUGGCCGCACCAACAUCACAGGCCGGUUGUCCUCGUUGACGCGCUUUCCGAUUCUCAAAGAAGUGGACCUGUCCUAUACCUCAGUCAGUGGCUGGGUAGAUAGCAGCUGGAGAAGCAAGUGUAAAGAUUUGCUCAUUUUGCAGCUUCGAAAGACUUCGGUGCAGUUCGUUCCUGUCGGAGAAGAGCUCGAGCGCCUGAAAGAUCAUUGGACGGGCGGGCGAUUGCGCCUCUUCCCAAAGUUGAAGGAGCUGGAUGUCACACAUUGCACUUUGGCGUAG